AUGGCAGCGGGGUUUGGGUCCCUCACCGUGUACGUUCCCGUCCCCGCCACGCUCCUGCAGGUUAUUGUCAUGUCCAGCCACGAGACCAUCCGGGUGCUGGAGGUGGGGGUGGAUGGGGACCCCAAAACGGCCGGGGAGGGAGCGGGGGGCUCCCCGGCACAGGGGGGCCCCCCAGGUGUGGAGGACGCUCCCGCCAGCGCCCCGAGCUCGUCCGGCGGGGAGGCGGCAGGUAAAGCCAAAGCAGCGUCGCCCACCCCGGUGCCCUCGAGCCCGGCCCCGAGCCAGCCCGGCGUGACACACCUGGCCGUGCAGGCCACCCCGCAGGUGUUGGCUCAGGAAAGCUUAGCCACAGGUGUGACAGGAGUAAUGGUUCCGGCAGGGACAGUUACUCAACCUCUUCUUAUCCCCAUCAGUAUUGCAGGUCAGGUGACAGGCCAGCAGGCGCUGGCCCUGGUGACAAUUCCCACAGCAACGCUCGCCGCGCUCCCGGGACUGACGCCGGCGGCACCUGCGGGGGCGAUUUUCAAACCGCCCGUAGCCAAUCUCACAGGUAACCGCAGGGCCCCCCAGGUCAGCCAGGUCCCCCCGGUCCCCCAGGUGCAGCCCAUCCAGCCGGCCCCAGCCGGGGUGGGCUCCAGCCCCGUGACCAAGGUGUCGCCACCGCCGGUGCCCAUCACGUGCUCCGAGACCCCCACCGUGAGCCAGCUGGUGUCCAAGCCCCCUGCCCCGCCCAGCGCAGAGGAGGACGGGAUCAACCUGGAGGAAAUCCGGGAAUUCGCCAAGAACUUCAAACUGCGGCGCCUCUCGCUGGGGCUGACCCAGACCCAGGUGGGGCAGGCCCUGACGGCCACCGAGGGCCCUGCCUACAGCCAGUCUGCCAUCUGCAGGUUCGAGAAGCUGGACAUCACGCCCAAGAGCGCGCAGAAGCUGAAGCCGGUGCUGGAGAAGUGGCUGCGGGAGGCGGAGCAGCGGCAGCGGGAGGGGCAGCAGCACCUGCUGGAGUUCGUGGGGGGCGAGCCGGGCAAGAAGCGCAAGCGGCGCACCUCGUUCACGCCGCAGGCGCUGGAGGCGCUCAACGCGCACUUCGAGCGCAACGCGCUGCCCACGGGCGCCGAGAUCACGCGCAUCGCGCAGGAGCUGCGCUACGAGCGGGAGGUGGUGCGGGUGUGGUUCUGCAACCGCCGCCAGACCCUCAAGAACACCAGCAAGCUGAACGUGUUCCACGUGCCCUGAGCGCCGCGCCCGGCCCGGCUCUGCCCCGCCGCCCGGCCCGGCCCGCCUCCAGCGGCUCCCGGUGCCGCCAGCCGGGAGCGCCGGGAGCGCCCCGGGGCCCCCGGCCAUCAGCACUUUGGGCACUGGUUCUGUCCCUCUGCCGCCUGGUUCCAUCACCACGCCUGUCCUCUGCCAC